AUGGCACCCCGCAAGAAGGGCUCAAAACGCGAACAUGGGUCUAGUGGGAAGUUCAUAUCAAACAAAAAACCUCAUAUUGAUCACUCAGACAUCUCUGAAAGCGGCCACCAGGACUCCAGUGACUGGGACUUAGAGGCAGAUGACGAACAUGAAGAUCCUGGUUACAUCUCAGACUCACAGUCAGACUCAGGCUCAGAUGACGAAUAUGCAUCCAUUCCAUCUCCAUCAACAUGGAUCUCAGCAGCAACCAAAGCCAAAGCCCUGGAGGUCCUUGAGCACAGCCGCAUUUCAGUGACUGUGGGUUCAAUGCGAGGUGCCGAGCUGAAGUUUGAUGGACCAAUCGACAAGCCGGGUGGGGCCAGGGACAAGACAGGAAAAGCGAGGGGGCCUUAUGGGGUUGGUGGCUUAUCAGCAAGGAGAGCAAGGGAGCUGAGAAAGGCAGCUCGGGACAAAAAGGAGAGUGGUGAAUUGGAUGAGGGGCGCUUUCAGAAGGAGGUGGAAGCUGUGAACGCGUUAGAGAAGAAGAAACCCCGUGAAAACACGAACCUUGCCUCGUUUUUUGGUCCCAAGCCCUCCACCCCAUCAUCUGGACUCCGCACUCUUCGCCAGGGGUGUGUUGGGGUUGUCGAGAUUGAGGAUAACUCAGAUAUGCCACUGGCACACCCUCUUCCUGUCUCCGAGAACGGGCCAGUCAUUAUGUCGAUUGACUCAGACCAAGAUGAAGAGUCACUCACCCAUGUCGGAUCUGCUGCUCCAUCUUCACCCUCUGAUGAGCAGGAGGUUGAGGUCGCAGACGGAAUUGCUGAGUUUGUCGAAGGAGUGCUGGAUGAAGGGGAGCCAAAGACUUGGGAGGAACUGCAAGCGUUAGCAGAGGAGGGAUUGAAGAAUGCACGGAAAAGGAAGUCUUACCGAGAUGAGGUGGUCUUUGCCUCGUUAGUUCAACUCUAUCGCUUUGCUCCCAGGCAAGGGAGGCUCCGAGGAUCUCUUCGAGUGGCUCGGAAUCUUGGGCGAGGACCAGCAUUUGCACGCGUCUUGAAUGCACAUGCUCGACAUUUUGAGGCAAUGGGGAGCUUGAAGCCAGGUCAACAAGGGAAGCGGCCAUCUGGCUCCAGUGGCUCUGGGGAAUCUGCAUUGGAUGACGAAGCCUUCAGUCUCGGUGUCAAGAGCUUUUUGCGGACACUCGCACCUGGAACAGUGACCCCCACGCUUCUGCAGCAUCAUCUAUGCAAGGCCAAAAGGGCCAGAAAGCCAAAGCUUGCCUUAUCUCCGGAGGAGAUGGACCUUGCUGAUUGCGAGGACCUUGUCAACGACUCAGAGGAUGAGUCCCGUCCUUCCGAUUGCUGCCUUCUUCGCAUUCUCGAGCUCCAAGAAGACUUCCAGAAUGAGCUGUGUCUCCUUCAGAAGGUUGUUGAGGAGGCCGGCAAUCAGUGCCAUUUCCUGCCGAAAUUCCAUCCGGAGCUAAACCCCAUUGAAUAUUACUGGGGCUGGUGCAAGAAUUACUUUCGGGAGCGCUCCAAUGGCAACUUUGAACGCGGCAAGCGGCUUCUUCAGGAAGCAGUUGACAUGUGUCCCCUCAUAACCAUCCGCCGCUUCUUUCGCCGAGCCUCGCGAUACCUCAGCAUCUAUCACCUUGGGGCAACAGGGGUAGUUGCAGAAUUUGCUGCCAAAAGGUAUCGAGGCCAUAGAGGUGUUAUGCAGAAGGAUAUUGACCAAGCCCAAGCGGAGUGGGAGGUAAAACAGACCAAGCUGACGGUUGGACAAAGUCUUCAUUAG